AUGCCGCACUUGGCCGACUCCUGGGCCAGCAUGGACCUUGGAAGGUCCAGGGGCCUUGCUCGGGCUUCGGCCUUUCAGGCGAUGCCAGCGCAAGCUGUUGGACAGGUGGGUCCUGCUCCAGCAUCACCGCCGCCAGCUCCGGAUGCCCACGCUGCGGCGGAAGCCAAAUCAGAGAUGAAGCUGCCACCGGAACCGCCGCCACCGGAAGUCAAUGAGGAUAUCCUGGCAGGGCCCGAGGCUGUCAGCUCGCAAGCCUCCACCCAGACCAUCCCUGGAGGACCUGGCAGGCCUUCGGGAGCGCACGGUGGUCCGAACUACUAUGAGUCGGUGAAUAGCGUCUUCAUGGCGCUCUCGGCGGUUCUCAUCGCCUUGGGCCUGGGCUGCGACCCGGCAGAUGGAGACAGAGACAUCUGGACCAUUGUUCUCAUGGCUCCUGACACUACUGGUGGGCGCUGCAAUUUCAAUUGCCAUCCUUGGCUUUUGCCAUCGAAGAGAGUGGAAGUGGCGAUUGCUCUUGCUACAAUCGGUGAAUGUGAUGAGACGGAUCAUUUGGCUUCCAUGGAGCUUCUUCCGCCAUCGCACGCGCCUUUGAGAUAUGCUCCCAGUGCAAAGGUUGCCCGUGAGGGUGGCGCUUCCCCAAAUGUCGUUGAUCUGAGCAAGACAGCCAGUUGGCGCCUGCAGAUCUUCCCAAAUCCCAAAGUUGCAGAGGCCUUCACACAUGCACGUGACAGCUCUUUCGAUGAUCACCAUUGGGACGAGGUGCCAGUACCAUCCAAUUGGCAGAUGUUGGGAAUCUCGGUGCCCAUCUACACCAACAUCACAUUCCCAUUCACGGGGGUACCAUUGCUACUGGCACCGUAUGUUUCGCGACAAAAUCCAACAGGUUUGUACCGAACAGUCUUCAACGUAUCCCCAGAGAAGGUGGAAGGACAGCGGAUCCACCUGGUUUUCCACGCUGUUGGUUCCGCGGUGAUGGUUUGGGUUGACGGCCAGUAUGUGGGCUACUCCCAGGAUUCAAUGACAGCGGCAGAGUUUGACAUCACGAAUGUGUUGAAGCAAAGCAAGAAACCGGCAGAUGGAGGUGAUUCUCCCUCUGAAGCCUUGCUUUCGGGACAACAUCGGUCAGAUCACGUUUUGGUAGCCAUGGUGCCCAUGUUUUGCGACGGAUCAUACCUGGAGGAUCAGGACCAAUGGUGGCUUAGUGGUAUCCACAGGCCGGUUGAGCUGCACUUUGUGCCCGAAUCCUGCUUCAUUUCAGAUUACACCACCGAGACGCUACUGCAGGAUGCUGAAGGGCUGUUGAAGAUCAGCUGUCAGCUGACUGGCCCUUCUGCGGAAGCUGCUUCUAUCCGCUUCUCUUUGGGAGAUCUUGAGGGCUCCACGGUUUUGGCCUCCUGCACGGCAGUUGCCAAGUCCACGGGAGAUGGCUGGUGCAUCACGGCUGAGUUGAAGGUGCCAAACGUGCAGCCCUGGAGUGCUGAGGAUCCCUAUUUGUACGGCUUGCUGCUGGAGUUGCUCAACAGCUCUCAGACAGUGCUUCAGGCGGAACACGUGAAGAUUGGCUUUCGAUGCGUGGACAUUUGGGACGGGCAGCUCCGUGUGAAUGGGCAGCCCAUCACCGUGGCGGGUGCCAAUGUCCAUGAGAUGCACCCACUGCGCGGUAAGGCCAUAACCGAGGAGGAUAUGUUGCUUGAUAUCAAGAAACUGAAGGAGGGAAACUUCAAUGCAGUGAGAAACUCACACUACCCGCAUCAUCCACGGUGGUAUGAACUCUGCGAUGAAUAUGGCUUCUAUGUUGUGGACGAAGCAAACAUCGAGACGCAUGGCUUUGUGGAGAACUUGGCCAUUUCCUUGCUGGCCUGUGACUGGGCCUGGCGUGAUCAAUUCCUCCACCGUGCCCGGAACCUGUUCCAACGGGCCAAGAACCAUCCCUGCGUCAUCGUUUGGUCGCUGGGCAACGAGAGCGGCUGGGGUCCCAACUUCGCCGCCUGUGCCGAUGCCCUGCGGCGUUGGGAUCCGCAACGAAGACCCGUACAGUACGAAGGAGCGGAACACCAUGGAGAUGCCGUGUUCUUCUGCGGAGAUGGGCAAGGCCCAUCAAGCGACAUCAUUUGCCCAAUGCUUCUUUGCUGCAAGAAGAAGCUUUGUAAGGUUGCUUGCAUUUGGUUGCUUGCAUUUGAAAUGAUAUGGGGGGUUCUUGCUGGAUGGUACAUAAUGGAAAAUCCCAUCACAAAUUGA